CUGAACCUCAUCCAGGUUUCGCCUCCACCAAAAUCCUGAAAAAAAUGGGGGCACUCACUCUCCGAUUACCUUCUCUCUCCUCCAUUUUCAUCCUACCAUCUUUCUCCUCUCGCUCGACGGCUAUCCUCCGCCGCCGCAACCACCACCAUCUUCAACCCACCAUCAGAUUCUGCACCAGAAGUACAUCAGCAGCAAAGACAUCCGCUUCAACACUCACUUCCACCACCAAGCCUAAAUCCCAAGACAAAGUAAUCACCCCACGUUCUCAGGACUUCAGUGCAUGGUACCUUGACAUUAUUUAUCAUGCCGAGCUUUCCGAUUACGGCCCUGUUCGUGGUACCAUGGUUAUUCGCCCUUAUGGUUAUGCUAUCUGGGAGUCCAUUCAGGAUUAUUUAAAUGUUAAGUUCAAGGAAACUGGUCACAGCAAUAUGUACUUCCCACAGUUUAUACCGUAUUCAUUUAUAGAGAAAGAAGCUAGUCAUGUUGAAGGUUUUAGUCCAGAAUUAGCUGUUGUCACUAUUGGUGGAGGAAAGGAACUCGAAGAAAAACUUGUGGUUCGACCUACUAGUGAAACUAUAGUAAACUAUAUGUUCACUCAAUGGAUCCAAAGUCAUCGUGAUCUUCCUUUAAUGAUUAACCAGUGGGCAAAUGUCACAAGAUGGGAGAUGCGCACAAAGCCAUUUGUGAGGACUCUUGAAUUUCUUUGGCAAGAAGGUCAUACUGCUCAUUCCACUCCAGAAGAGGCAGAGAAAGAGGCCUUGCAGAUGAUUGAUGUCUACACAAAGUUUGCUUAUGAGCAUGCUGCAAUACCUGUAAUUGCAGGCAGGAAAUCAAAGGUAGAAACAUUUGCUGGAGCUGAUAGAACUUAUACAAUCGAGGCUAUGAUGGGUGACAGGAAAGCUCUACAAGCUGGGACUAGCCACAACCUUGGACAGAAUUUCUCACGUGCAUUUGGCACACAGUUUACUUAUGACAAUGGGCAAAGGCAACAUGUGUGGCAGACUUCAUGGGCUAUAAGCACGCGUUUUGUGGGUGGUAUAAUCAUGACUCAUGGUGAUGAUGCUGGUUUAAUGCUUCCUCCAAGGGUUGCUCCUAUACAGGUUGUGAUUGUACCCAUUUGGAAAAAGGAAGAAGAGAAAUUAGGAGUUCUUGAUGCUGGCAUUUCUACUUAUGAAGCCUUGAAAAGUGCUGGGAUUAAAGUUAAAUUUGACGACUCUGAGCAGCAAACCCCUGGAUGGAAAUUUAACUUUUGGGAAAUGAAGGGAGUUCCUGUAAGAAUAGAAAUUGGUCCACGUGAUGUUUUGAAUAAAAGUGUGGUCAUAUCAAGAAGAGAUAUUCCUGGUAAACAAGGAAAAGUAUUUGGAGUAUCCAUGGAACCUGAUGUUCUGGUUUCUUAUGUAAAAGACAAGUUGGAUGAAAUGCAGGCAUCAUUGUUGAGUAUGGCAACAUCAUUCCGUGAUAGUAACAUUUUGGAUGUGACAUCAUAUGAAGAGCUUAAAGCGGCAGUAUCCGAUGGAAAGUGGGCAAGGGGUCCUUGGUCUGGCAGUGACAAGGAUGAGUUGAAAGUAAAAGAAGAAACCGGGGCAACAAUUAGAUGUUUCCCUUUUGAACAACCUCAAGGGACAAAAACUUGCUUGAUGACAGGAGGUCCUGCUGAGGAAGUCGCAAUUUUUGCAAAAUCGUACUAGCCAGAGGCUGACUCUAGCUAAUGAAUGCAAAGGGAGUUUUGCUUUGGCAUCAUAUUUUGGUUGCAAAUUGUUCUAAGAUGCGAUUUUUUAUGAAGCAGAUGUUUAGGAACAACAGAUAUGAUUAGUUCUUUCGCACCAAAUGGAGAAUACAUGGUAUACAUUAUUGUACAUUUACCUUCAUAUACUGUUUGAUGUGAAAUAUUAUAGGUGAGUGAAUUGUAGUACGUAGUAAUAUUCUUCAUUUCCAACUAGUAGACUUUUUGGUCCAAGGUUUACUAUACAUUCAAUUUAUCAUGAAUUCAUUGUGUUGCUCCUAAGUUUUGAAUAAAAUGUGGCUUGGUCUUGCCAUAAA